CCACCGCGCAACCCUGCCGAGAAGAUCUCGAGUGGAUACAAGGCUGUCAAGUUUUUCACUUACGUGUAUGGCCUUGCACCUUUACUUCUGUAUGGUGUUUUGCCCAUGAAAUACUGGCAAAGCUUCUGUAAGCUUGUGUGCGGUGUACGGCUAAUAUACCAAUGGCACAUCAUAGCAGCCCAGCUCACGGAAGCCCACAAGCUCUUGAUUGAGUUCAUAGAAGAGUACGAGCGCCUCUACUAUCGACGAGAAGGUGCCCGGCUACAUUUUGUUCGCCAAAGUAUUCAUGCCAUGAUUCACACGAGUUCCGAGACUUUUUGCAUUGACCCAUAUGGUAUUGCCUCACAGUGGCCAAUGGAACGCGCUAUC